CGAAAGAAUUGGCUUCGUCCUUGCCUUGCCGUCUGAUCUCUUCCGCAGACGCCGACGGAGAGCCAGCAACGGAUUCCACGCCCUGCUCACGCCAAAAGCCAAACGCCUCACUUUUGAACCAUCGAUCCUUUCUCUAUUCCUCCUCCUCCUCUUCCGCUCUGGUAUAAAUCCUCUCUCUCGCCUCCCCGGAAGCUCCACAGCGACCCACAGAGACGGAGGAGAAGGCGUAAGCGGUGACGCCAUGGCGAGGCUCUACGUGCAGACGGUGCCUCCGCCGGAUCUGAACAAGAACACCGAGUGGUUCAUGUACCCCGGCGUCUGGACCACCUACAUAUUGAUCCUCUUCUUCUCCUGGCUACUCGUCCUCUCCUUCUUCGGAUGCUCCGCCGGCAUGGCCUGGACAGUCGUCAAUCUCUUCCACUUCGCGGUUACAUAUUACUUCUUCCACUGGAAAAAGGGUACUCCUUUCGCUGAAGAUCAGGGCAUAUAUAAUAACUUGACUUGGUGGGAGCAGAUAGAUAAUGGCAAGCAAUUAACACGUAACAGGAAAUUUUUGGCUGUGGUACCUGUUGUCCUGUAUCUGAUAGCCUCACACACAACUGACUACCAACACCCAAUGUUGUUCCUGAAUACACUUGCAGUGUCUGUUUUGGUGAUUGCCAAGUUCCCAAACAUGCACAAGGUCCGAAUCUUCGGAAUCAAUGGUUAACUGUUGCCGGCCGCAGCACAUCAAAGAUGUCGGAUCUUUUUCAUCGACUGCGAAAGUAGUGCUGAAGUUGCAGCAAUGGCCUUUCUUUUUCUCCUCUGAUUUAGUUCUCUAAGCCCUCUUUGUAUGAGUUAGUCGAAUACAAUCAGAUCAUACUUGUGUUUCCUUGGAGAUAAAUCUUGCUCUUGAGUUUAGUCAGGAUUAUGUAUCUGUGUCUAGUUGUUUUUUCCCUGAAGAAAUGGAAACGAAAUCAUUGAAUAAAAUGCCAAAAGCAUGGAGCUUUGGUAAA